AUGACUAGGUUUUAUUAUUUUUCUCUAUUUUUCCUAAUAGCUGGGUCUUAUAUGACUCAUGUAGGUUUCAAUAUGGAAAUUAUUGGAGGGAGAGAAGUGUCACCUCAUUCCAGGCCAUUUAUGGCUUCUAUCCAGUGUGGCGGCAGUCACGUUUGUGGAGGAGUUCUGAUCGAUCCACAGUGGGUGCUGACAGCAGCCCACUGCCACUCUCGGUUCACCAAAGGCGAGUCUCUCACAGUGGUUUUAGGAGCACACUCUCUCUCAAAGCAUGAGGCCUCCAAACAAAUGUUUGAGAUUAAGAAAUUCAUACCAUUCUCAAGAUUUAUAUCAGAUCCUAAAUCAAAUGAUAUCAUGCUGGUUAAGCUUCACAUGGCUGCAAAACUCAACAAGCAUGUCCAGCUGCUCCACCUAAGAACCAAACACUAUAUCAGAGCCGGAGCCAAAUGCCAGGUUACUGGCUGGGGAUCCACCAACCCAGAGUUUUUUAGCCCCUCUGAUACCUUGCGAGAAGUCACUGUCACUGUCAUAAGUCGAAAACUUUGCAACAGCCAAAGUUAUUACAACCACAACCCUGUUAUAACCAAAGACAUGGCAUGUGCAGGAGACGCCAGAGGAAAGAAGGAUUCUUGCCAGGGUGACUCAGGUGGCCCCUUGGUCUGUAAAGGUGUCUUCCAUGCCAUAGUGUCUGGAGGUUAUAAAUGUGGUAUUGCCAAGAAGCCUGGAAUCUAUAUCCUAUUAACCAAGAAAUUCCAGGCUUGGAUCAGAAGCAAGCUUGCCCCCUCUCAUGCAAAUUAA